AUGAUGUGGCUGUUCCUGACUAUUGCUUAUUUAACGUGCAUUGGGGAAAAGUCAGAUGCAAACCCCGAGGUCUUCAUGGACGUUGGUGAAAUCGUCCGCUACCACGGGUACCCCUACGAGGAGCACGAGGUGGUGACGGAGGAUGGCUACUACCUGACCGUGCAGAGGAUCCCUCACGGCAGGGGCAACCCAGAGAGCACGAGCAUCUCCCACGAAGCAGAGGCACAGGGCUCCAGCAUGUUCUGUCCCCCUCCAAAGGCCGUGGUCCUCCUCCAGCAUGGGCUGGUGUUGGAGGGAAGCAACUGGGUUACCAACUUGCCCAACAGCAGCCUGGGCUUCAUCCUGGCCGACGCCGGCUACGACGUCUGGAUCGGGAACAGCCGGGGGAACAGCUGGUCACGGAAACACAAAGAGUUUGAGUUUCACCACCAGGAAUACUCAGCUUACAGCUUCCAUGAGAUGGCCAUGUACGACCUCCCAGCCACCAUCAACUACAUCCUGCAGAAAACCGGGCAGGAGCAGUUGUACUACGUGGCUUACUCUCAAGGCACCACCACAGGUUUCGUUACCUUCUCAUCCAUUCCUGAACUGGAUCGCAAAAUCAAGAUGUUUUUUGCCUUGGCUCCCAUCACUGUGAACUCCCACAUGAAGUCACCCUUGGUGAGGGUGUUUGACCUUCCCGAGGUGCUGGUCAAGCUCCUUCUAGGACACACAGUGGUGUUUGACAAGGGCCAUAUCUUGAAGCAAGUGAUCUCCAGUGUGUGCAUCUACCCCAUCUUUAGAAGUGUUUGCUCCCUGGUCCUUUACCUGCCCGGUGGCUUUACCAGCAGCUUGGACGUGAGCCGCAUGGACGUGUACCUGUCUCGCUACCCUGACUCCACAUCCCUAAAAAACAUGCUCCACUGGCGCCAGCUCUAUCAAACAGGGGAAUUCAAGUAUUAUGAUUAUGGCAGUGACAACAUGCUCCAUUACAACCAGACCACACCUCCCUUCUAUGAGCUGGAGAACAUGAAAGCCCCGCUGGCCGCCUGGUACGGGGGCAAGGACUGGAUUUCAGCCCCCGAGGACGUGAACACCACCCUGCCCCGCAUAACCAACGUGGCCUACAGAAAGUACAUCCCCGACUUCGUCCACUUCGACUUCCUCUGGGGCAAGCAAGUGUAUGAGCAAGUCUACAAAGAAAUGCUGGAACUCAUGGAGAAGAGCACCUAG